CUCCUGGCAGGACCCCUGGGCCGAGGCGGCGGCCGUCGACACCCGCAGCGAUCAGCAGAAGAUGCCGCCGCCGCCGACCGCCGGCGUCUCCGCCGCCGCACGUCCGCCAGCAGUCGCAAAUGACGACUGGGACGAUGACUGGGACGACGACAGCGACGCCGACACGCAAGCGGCCGGUCCUGCCGGCGGCGGCGAGGCGGGCCGACUGAGGCCCAGCCGCGGCAGCAGCGGCGACGUCAGCAUGGCAGGGAGGAACGACGGCAAGGCGACGGUUAAGCGCAACCUGAACCGGUUUUCGACUUUCGUCAAGUCCGGCGGCGAGGACUACAUACUGGGUGUCUCGAAGAUCCAUGUCUCGGAGAACGAUCUGAUCAGCAUUGUGGAAACGGAGCACGGCUAUGAGUGGGACAACUUCUCCCCCUACACCUGUACGGUGACGUCGCCCAAGAAAGAGAGCAAAAUGAAGGGCCUCAAGAGCUUCAUCGCCUAUCAGCUGGUGCCGUCCUUCAGCAACAUCCAGGUGUCUCGCCGGUACAAGCACUUCGACUGGCUGCACGGUCGUCUGGAGGAGAAGUUCACGCUGAUCCCGGUGGCGCCGCUGCCGGACAAGCAGGUGACAGGCCGCUACGAGGAGGACUUCAUCGAGCACCGCAUGAUGAUGCUGCAGCAGUGGGUGAACCGGAUAUGCCGACACCCGGUGUUGAGCCGCUGCGAGGUGUGGAACCACUUCCUCACCUGCACCGACGAGAAGCUCUGGAAGACGGGCAAGCGGCGCGCAGAGAAGGACGAACUGGUCGGGGCCAACUUCUUCAUGGCGCUCAAGGUUCCCGACAAGCCGCUGGCGCAGGGUCAGAUAGAGACGGAGAUCGAUAACUUCUCCAAGUUCAGCCAGAACAUGGACGCGUCCGUCAAGUCGCUGCAGACGAUCUCGGUAGAUCAGAUCAAGAAGCACCAGGGCCCGUACAAGCGCGAGUUCCAGAAGAUCUCGCAUGGGUUCAAAGCGCUGGCGGCCGCCUUCGGCAGCGAUAUGCAGGCCUACUCGCCGGCGCUGACGCAGGCGGUGGGCCACACGGCGGCCGUGUACCAGGAGGUCGGCCAGCUCUACGAGGAGCAGCCGCGCUACGACUGGGAGCGCUUCAACGACCUGCUGCACGAGUACCGCGGCAUGCUCACCAGUUUCCCCGACAUGUUCAACAUGCAUAAGGGUGCCAUGCAGAAGCGCAAGGAGUACUGCCGGUACGGCCAGGAGGGCAAGCUGAGUGAGGACGAGGUACAACAGGUGUGUCGGCGCACCGACGUCGUCUCGUACGCGCUCAUGGCCGAGAUGAGCCACUUCCAGAAGGAGCGCGCCGCCGACUUCACCGAGGCCAUGCGCGGCUUCCUGCGCAACCAGGUGGCCUUCUACCGGCAGAUCGCAGACAAGCUGGAGGAGUCGUUGCAGACGUACGAGAACAUCUGAUGACGCCACGGGACGGCCGCCGCUGCCGGGGCGUCGGGCGCAUUACCUCAGCUACGGGCAGCGGCGUCGGUCUCGCCGCGGUGAACACCGGCCGAGCCGGCCCGCAGUGCCCCGUCACAAACACAGAUGCCGAGCAGGUGCUCGCGCGGCGCCACGGAGUCGGCGCCAGAACGUCUCGGGGUCGGGGCGCGGCCGGACCGGGGCGUCCGGGUCCGUGGCGUAUAGGACCGGCCCGGCGCCCAGUCAGAAUUGGGGCCAGAGGGGACCCGCGGCGACGGCCGCCAGCCUAGGGGAACGGCGUUAUCUUAACUGACGUUAUCAGCGUAAUCGUGCAGGUUAUAUGCAGUGAUGUCCUUUGUAUCGGCAAGUGGGCCACUGUGAAAUGUCAAUGAGCUGAUUUACAUUUAUAAUCGGUCUGUUGGCGAGCGUGUGCCGUCUAUUUUGUGAUACGCGAUUUGCACGUCGUUAUUUAUGUACGUGUGCUACGGACAACCUGCGCUUCUUGUCGGUAAUCUUCGCUUCGGUCAUUUUGUUGGCGAGCGUCCGGCUCGCUUCAGCUUGGGCGCACGCGGUCUGCUGGGCGCUGGCGCGGCUCGUGACCCGCGCGACCCCCUGGCGCUACGCAGCUCUUGAUCCGCGCCCUCCGGGUGCUGGCGCGGCUCGUGACUCGCGCCACUGUCUGGCGCUGGCGCGGCUCGUGACCCGCGCCACCUCCUGGCGCGGGCACGGCUCGUAACCCGCGCCAAAUCCUGGCGCGGGCGGACGGCCACCAAUGGUCUGCAAGCAGCGCUACUGCCGGUCACCAAUAUAUUUACACUGAAAUUG